AUGUACAGCACCCCCGUCGGGAUGAUCGACCACCGGGUAUCGGCGGUCGCAUCCUUCAACACCAGCUUCUCGUUCGAGACCAAGGCUGAGGGCCAGGGACCCGGCGACGGGCUGACCUUCUUCAUCACGGACAACACCGUCGUGUCGGGCGCCUACGGCGCGAACUUCGGGGUGUUCUAUCCAGAAGGGCACCGGGACCCGAACACGACGGUCGUGGCGGUGGAGUUCGACACGUAUCUAAACUGGGAAUAUGAUUACACCCCGACGCCGCACGUCGGUCUGGACAUCGGCAGCGUCAAGUCCAAGGUCUCGGAGCUCUCCUUCAACACGUGCCGCGGCUUCGAGAACGGCCUGUGCUCGGUGUGGAUCGACUACGACGGCGCGUCCGGGAAGCUCGUCGUGUGCGCCGACAGUCUGCCUGCCAAACCUAAGAAGGCGUUGCUGAAUACCACCGUGAACCUGGCGUCGGUUUUCGUCUCGGCGGAGUCGCUCUGGGUCGGGCUUUCGGCCGGCACUGGAUCUCGAGCGAGCUCGUACGUCGUCAAAUUUUGGAAUUUCAGCAGCUUCUGGCCCGCGGGCCCGGCCCGCCGGGCCCGCGGGCCAGAACCUUACAGGUCGGUCUUCCGGACCGUGCUGAUCGUCGCGUGCGUCUGGGCCUCGAUACUCGUCGUUUCGGGAUUGGUGAUGACAGUCGCGCUGAGAAGGCGGCGCGUCAUGAGCGCGACAAAGUUGGCGCAGCAGGAGCUGAACUCUCACAUCCCGAUGACGUACAGCUUCCACGAAUUGGAGGACGCGACGGGCGAAUGCAGCGAGGACUUCCGACUGGGAGAAGGCGGGUCCGGCGAGGUGUACCGCGGGGUCAAGCCGCGGACGCAGGCGCUGGUGGCCAUAAAGCGGCUGAAAGAGCAGUCGCCUCAGGGCGAGAAGGAGUUCCUCCCGAUUCCCGACGCAGUUCGGCCCAUUACGGAUGUCGGUACAUCCGGACGUCUUCAUGUGGAGAGUUUUCGAGCCGCGCCACCGGCACCACGAACUAACUCGACCUCCACGAGCGAGGUACUGUCCUCUAGGAGGACAUGA